AUUACGCCCUCCUGGAAUCAACGAUCUAGCCUUCUGCCUGAGGAGACCUAGAAUUUCCGCUUUUUCCUCCUCUCUCUCUCUCUCUCUCUCUCUCUCUUUCUCUCCUCUGUAAUUAAUGAAUCAUUAGCUCCAGAAUUAACUUGGCCAUCGAGAUCUGGAAUGUUCUCAAUUCUCCUGAAUCCUCAGAACCAAAUGCAAGCACAUCAUUCAACCCAUCAAUAAUGUAUCUAGGGCGGUCUAGGGUUUUUGUGUCCCUUUCGCAAAUGUAACUUUUCCUUGUUGCAUUGAUACGCCUGUUGCAAAUCGUUGUUGCCUCUGAGUAUUGCAUCGCUGGAGGCCGAAACUUAAUCGAAUCGUUCAAUCAGUUGUUUUUUGAUGUCGCGGUAUGAUAUUGGUCGCGUAAUCCUUUGGUAGUGCCCUCCAACCCUCGUUCUGUGCUCGCGAUCUCGCGAAUUUUAGUACUUUUGGGAUAUUUCUAAGAGAUGCAUUUACGUGCACGAGCAUUAUGUGUGACUUGGAGUAUGAUAUGCAUUUAUGUAGGGAAGUUUUGAAUUUCAAUCUGGUAUUACGGUGGUCUUAGGGUUUCGUUGGGUCUAAACCUUUGGUAGUGCCUCCAAUCCUCGCUCUGCACUUGCGAUCUUUCGUGUUCGCGCACCAGCUCGUUCACGAGCACGAAGGUUAUGCGACUUGGGGUCUGAUGUGCAUUUAUGUUGGGAAGUUUUGAAUUUCAAUACGGUAUCACGGGGUCGGUUUCGUUGGGUCUUUGAUAAUGGGUUGAUUGUUUAAGUGGUUCAUGUUGUACUGAUAGAUUGUACUAUUGCAAUGCUUAAGCAAUUUCUGAGUAGAUUUUUUAUGUGCAUUUAUUUGCGAAAGUUUUUGAACUUCAAUCUGCUAUCACGGCGGUCUACGGCUUUGUUGGGUAUUUGAUAGUGAGUUGAUUUGAAGUGGUUCAUGUUGUACUGAUAGAUUGUAAGUAUUGCAAUGCUGAAGCAAUUUCUGAGUAGAUUUCCUCGGAAACCAUCGAAAUCGGACUCGGUUGAUAGGCCGAGGAGUGGUUCAGGGAGUAGCCCGUCCUCUCACGAUGGUGGUUUGCAACGCACGACGAGUGGCAAUGUGAUUUCUAGCAUAGCUAAGCGGACAUCAUCGGCCGUUUUUCCAUCAAGUGUCGUGGCAGGAAUCGAGCCAUUGUUAUCAUUCAAAGACGUUCCGAGUUCAGAGAGAUUGAAUCUGUUUAUCAGUAAGUUGAGUCUCUGUUGUGUGGUGUUCGACUUCAAUGAUCCAAGUAAGAGUACCUCAGAGAAAGAACUGAAAAGGGUAACAUUGAUGGAGCUUGUCGACUUUGUUGCUUUGGAUCCUCCUAGGUUUACCGAACAGGCGAUUUUAGCUAUGUGUAAAAUGUGUGUCAAUAACUUGUUUAGGGUUUUUCCACCUAAUUAUGGGUCUUCAACAAGUGGAUGCGAGAAUGGCGAUGAUGAACCGAUGUUUGAUCCUGCUUGGUCGCAUUUAGGAAUUAUGUAUGACCUACUGCUUAGGUUUGUAACUUCUUCUUCCCUAGAAGCAAAGAUAGCAAAGAAGUAUAUAAAUCAUGAGUUUAUUUUGAACUUGAUUGACCUGUUUGAUUCUGAGGAUCCUAGAGAAAGAGAGUGCUUGAAAACUAUUCUGCAUCGGAUUUACGGCAAGUUCAUGGUCCACCGGCCUUAUAUCCGGAGGACCAUUGGCAAUGUUUUCUAUGCCUAUAUCUAUGAAACUGAGCGGCAUAAUGGAAUUGCUGAAUUGUUGGAGAUUUUCGGGAGUGUAGUUUGUGGGUUUGCGUUGCCUUUAAAGGAGGAGCACAAGAUCUUUCUGUGGAGGGCCUUGAUUCCUUUGCAUAAGCCGAAAUAUCUGGGGGUUUACUUUCAACAGUUGUCGUAUUGCAUUACACAAUUUGUUGAAAAGGAACCAAAACUGGCUAGUAUUGUGAUAAGGGGGUUGUUGAAAUACUGGCCAAUUACAAAUAGCCAAAAGGAGGUAAUGUUUCUUAGCGAAUUAGAAGAGAUUCUGGAAGGAAUUACCUUGGGGGAGUUCCAAAAGGUCAUGGUUCCGCUAUUCUGGCGGAUUGGGUGCUGCAUCAACAGUUCCAACUUUCAGCAAUUGGAGGUGCUGGUUACGUGUGAUCGAGCAAAGCACAUUGGGGAUUCUAUAAUGGAGCUGACCAAUGGUGGUGAUGAUGGAGGAUAUUGGCAUUACUUAUGGAUAACAAUAUCUGCCCUUAAUCAAAGUCAAUGUUUAUUAAACAAGCCCGAUACUAGUUCAUGGAUAAGAGAAAAGGAGGCGACGGCUUUAGAAGGGACACAAAAGAUUAAAAAGAAGAAAGAAGGAUCUGGGGAUUAUUUUUCACUUUCAUUAAUCAGGUUGCUGAAAGGGCACUGUUCUUCUGGAAUAAUGACCAAAUUGUGGACCUGAUUGCGCACAAUCGGCAUGUUAUCCUACCAAUCAUUCUCCCAGCACUGGAAAGGAACAUUCAGAGCCACUGGAACCAAUCAGUGCUCAACUCAACUCUGAAUGUGAGGAAGAUGUUCACAGAGAUGGAUGAUCCGCUGUUCCAGGCCUGCCAUGACCAUUUCACGGAGGAACAAGCAAAGGUAAGUUUGGUAGCAGAGGAGAGGAAGGAAUCAUGGGAGCGACUGGAAAAUGCAGCCAGUCUCCAGCCACUAACCGAAAACACUGCUGUCCUGGUAACUCCUCUAGCUACCUCUGUUACCUGCUAAGAAGCAUUUUCGCCUGUAGUUGCUAGUUCGGCCCCCAUAAUUCCCUUUCUUUUGAGUAGUGGGAGCCCAGUAAAGGGACAUAUGGAUAUAAGAAGCUGUUAUUGGAGAAGGAAUGCGUAUUUUUUCUGUUAGAUGUUGUAACUUAUUAGGUACCAUAUGUUUCAUCCUCAUUAAGGGGAGUUCAAAUUGCCCUAUGUGGAAGGGUCAUCAAAAAGGGCUAUUUAGUGGAUUUUGUAAGCUCACAUAUUUUGACGGUUGGCUGGCUGCCUGUGUGAAUCUGCCUAUGUGUAUGCCUCUAUUAUGAGUAUAGGAAGGAGGAAGAAAAUUUGUGAAAUCAACAUUGAUUUGGUGAGAUAAGAACAAUUUCAAAGUCUAUGAGGAUGUUCAGACAUUUGACCGUAA